CGCGUUCUACGACUUGCUUUGGCGCGGCGGUUUUUUAGUCUGCAGUUUUGGAAAUAAGGCUGCGCGCGAUUGAUGCGGUCGUGAGUGAGACUGAAUGCGUACCACGACGAUGCGCGCGAUCGCUCCGGUGGGUGAGUGAGGCUGUGAGAUGCUGUGAGGACAAAGAGAGGGCCUGGGAGAGGCAGACUGGCAGCGCUGCUGGCAGAGCUCCGUCUCAGGCGUCCGUAAUCAGACCAAGCAACCAGAAUUGUCCGCCAGCGAUGCGACAGGCGCGCGAGGCCGACUAUGGCAAGCUAGUGUGUCGAUACGCUAGCUCAGCGUUUUGGCCCAACUUAAAAUUGAGGGACCCAGGGCGUGACUCUUCGUACAAGUCGCACGUUGUGCAACAUUUUUAAGCUGUGCGCGGAUCAGCAAAGCAGCUGCACUCAAAAGCAGCGCAGCAUCAAGCAGCAACCCCUCCCCCAAAGCGGCGACGCAAACGUCACAACGCCGUCGACGCGCAGCACCGACCGUACAGAUCAAAAAGAUGAGAACGCACCUCAAGGCGAGCAAGUUCGUCGUCGUAAAGGCCGGGACCUCGACCGUCAGCCACGACGACGGCACGCCCUCCUUACCGCGGCUCGGCGCGAUCGUCGAGGCUGUGUCUCAAUUGAUGCGCCAGGGCACGAAGGUCAUUCUGGUGUCGAGCGGUGCCGUUGGAUGUGGUCGAUCGGUCCUGAGGAAGCAGGCGGCCCUGCACCGAACUUUAAGGGACCACAUGAAGAGUCAGGAGGUGACGGAGGGCGCGGGCUACUCGGCGGCGGCCGCGGCGGCCGGCCAGUUAGCUCUCAUGUCAUUAUAUGAGACGUUAUUCGCCACCCAAGAGAUCGAACCGUCUCAAUUCUUAGUGACGAGGAGGGAUUUUGUCGACGAAGCCUGCAGAAAGAACCUCCAGCACUCCAUCCAGGCCAUCAUGGACGUGGGCAUGGUGCCCAUCAUCAACGAGAACGACGCCGUGUCGGGGAAUGCGGGGUACUCGGAAGUGCCGGACGGUUGUUUUUCUGACAAUGACGGCUUGGCCGCGCUCGUGGCGAAGCUCGUCGGCGCGGACUGUCUGAUCAUGCUGACCGACGUGGAGGGGUUGUACGAUCGGCCGCCGUCGGAAGCGGGAGCGCGGUUGGUGCGAGAGGUGCACCCCGCCUCAUUGAAGGACUGGAAGUUCGGGGGGAUUUCCAAGGGCGGCCGCGGCGGCAUGGAGGCCAAGGUCAACGCCGCUUUGGGGGCGCUCGAGGUGGGCGUCAAGUCCGUGGUCCUGGCCUCGGGCUCGGAAAAGGAAGUGCUGCAGAGGUGCGGACUCGGCGUCUUCUUUCAUAUCACGUCGCCGCCACGCCGUCGACGCGGUUCUCGCGCAGGGUCCUCGCCGGCGACGACGUCGGCACGUACUUUAGUAAUGACAUCGCGCGGAAGCCGUCGCUUGACGAAGGCAAUCCGCUCGAGGCCGUCGGCCAGAGCGCUAGACGAGCGGCGCGGGCGCUGCAGGCGCUCGAGGCCGGCGACCGCACGAAGAUCCUGCAGGCCAUCGCCUCUAAGUUACGAGCGGCCGCGCCGGCGAUCCUCGCGGCGAACGCGGCCGAUGUCGCCGACUCGGGCGACGUGGCGCGCGAGCUGCGCCAGCGUUUAGGGUUGUCCUCGGCCAAGCUCGAGACCGUGGCGAAAGGCGUGGAAGCACUGGCCAACGCGAAGGACCCCGUUUUCUUUCCGGCGUCCCCUUUUGCUUCAUCUGCGACGGCGUACGUCACGAGCACAUAGAAUGGCGUAUGGGUGGCAGCCGACGCCACCGACGCGACGCUUCUCCGAGAGAGACUCACCGCUCUAUAAAACACAGGUCGGCCAGCUGCUCGAGAAGCGCGAGCUCUCGCCCGGACUCAUAUUAGAAAAGCGGUCCGCUUCCUUAGGUGUUGUACUGGUCAUCUUCGAAGCGAGACCGGAGGCGCUGCCGCAGAUCGCCGCGCUAGCCUUGCGGGCGGGCUGCGCCGUCGUGAUGAAGGGCGGCUCGGAAGCGCGGCUGUCGAACGCCGUCCUGCACGCGACCAUAAAAGACGCGAUCACGGAGUUCGGCAAUGCGGACUUGGACGGCGCCGUCAGUUUGUUGGAAGGUAGGGCCCAGGUGGCCCAAUUGCUCAAAGCUUGUGAUGAGGCGCCGACACCGCUCGUGGACCUCGUCGUGCCGCGGGGCUCGAACGCUCUCGUCAAGCACGUCCAGAACUCGACUAGGGUUCCUGUUUUAGGACACGCUGAUGGAGUGUGUCAUGUCUACGUGGAUAAGUCGGCCGAUGCGCAGAAGGCGGUGUCGAUCGUGGUGGACGGCAGUGCACGAAUCAAUGUCGGGGCGCUUCCUUCGACGCGCAUCGACUGGGUCGCCCGGCUUGACGCCAUCGACGCGCCACCAGAGAAAGGACUCACCGGUCGAUGCGCGCGCAGGUCGACAGCAAGUGCGACUAUCCCGCGGCGUGCAACGCGAUGGAAACGUUGUUGUUCCACGAGGACGCGGCCUGCGCCAAAGCUUGUGUGGACGCGUUGCGGGCGAAGGGCGUGGAAUUACUAGGGACGCCGCGCGCGCUAUCAAAGGGCCUCGCCGACGCGCCCGUGACGGAACCGGAGCGCCACGAGUACGGCUGUCUCAAAUGUCGAGUCGAUGUGGUGGAUAGUGUCGACGCCGCCGUGGCCCACGUGAACCGCCACUCGUCGGGCCACACGGACUGCGUGGUCUCGGAGGAUACGAGUAUCGCGGAGCGCUUCCUGCGCCAGGUCGACAGCGCGGACGUCUUCCACAACGCUUCCACUAGAUUCGCGGACGGGUUUAGGUUCGGGCUCGGCGCGGAGCUGGGCAUCGCGACGGGGCGGAUCCACGCGCGCGGCCCGGUCGGCGUCGCGGGCUUCCUGACGUACAAGUGGCUCCUGCGGUCGGCCGCGUCGCACGCCGUCGCGGACUUUGCUUCGGGUGUUCAUGCUUGGACGCACCGGGAGCUGCCGCUCGUCGACUAGCUCCUGGGGCUGUGUAAAGUAUCGGAAGUAGUCGA